CAUGGCGACCUUCACGGAUUUAUUAUAGUUUCAAAUUGGGCCUAAUCUCACGUUCUUAUAUCUAUUUAAUUUAAAAAAAAAACGCACAGUUGGAUAGUAUAUUUCUUAAAAAUGGUUCUCGCGGAUUUAGGACGGAAAAUCACCACAGCACUCCGCUCCUUGAGUAAUGCAACCAUCAUCAAUGAAGAGGUCCUUGGUGCUAUGCUUAAAGAGAUCUGCGCUGCUUUACUUGAAGCAGAUGUCAAUAUCAAACUUGUAAAGAAACUCAGAGAAAAUGUCAGAUCUGCCAUUGAUUUUGACGACAUGGCUGGUGGUUUAAAUAAAAGAAGGAUGAUUCAACAUGCUGUGUUCCAGGAACUGUGCAAGCUUGUUGACCCUGGUGUUAAACAGUGGAAUCCAAGCAAGGGAAAGCAAAAUGUAAUCAUGUUUGUUGGUCUGCAAGGGAGUGGAAAGACCACAACAUGCAGCAAGCUAGCAUACUAUUAUCAGCGCAAGGGAUGGAAGACUUGCUUAAUCUGUGCAGACACAUUUCGUGCAGGUGCUUUUGACCAACUCAAACAGAAUGCUACUAAAGCAAGAAUACCAUUUUAUGGGAGUUACACCGAAAUGGACCCUGUUGUAAUAGCUCAAGAAGGUGUCGACAAAUUCAAACAAGAAAACUUUGAGAUAAUCAUUGUAGACACAAGUGGAAGACACAAACAAGAAGAAUCACUUUUUGAGGAAAUGCUUCAAGUUUCUAAUGCUGUUGACCCAGACAAUGUAAUAUUUGUAAUGGACGCCACAAUUGGACAGGCUUGCGAGGCACAGGCAAAGGCAUUCAAAGAGAAAGUUGAUGUUGCUUCAGUUAUUGUAACCAAAUUAGACGGUCACGCUAAAGGUGGUGGGGCAUUGAGUGCAGUGGCUGCCACCAAGAGUCCUAUAAUCUUCAUUGGUACAGGAGAACACAUUGAUGAUUUUGAACCUUUCAAGACCAGACCAUUUAUUAGUAAACUGUUGGGAAUGGGAGACAUCGAAGGACUGAUUGAUAAAGUCAAUGAACUGAAACUAGAGGACAAUGAAGAACUUAUUGACAAACUCAAACAUGGCGUUUUUAGUUUGCGAGAUAUGUAUGAACAGUUCCAGAACAUCAUGAAGAUGGGGCCAUUUGGCCAAAUCAUGGGUAUGAUACCCGGGUUCAGUACUGACUUCUUAUCUAAAGGAAAUGAACAGGAGUCAAUGGCGAGAUUAAAGAAGCUAAUGACAAUUAUGGACAGCAUGAAUGAUGAAGAACUAGAUAGUCCCAAUGGUGCAAAGCUGUUUUCCCGCCAACCGGGACGUUCCACGCGGGUAGCACGUGGAAGCGGCGUGUCUGUCCGAGAGGUGCAAGAGCUUUUGUCACAAUACACCAAAUUUGCUGCAAUGGUGAAGAAAAUGGGAGGAAUAAAGGGCUUAUUUAAAGGAGGUGACAUGAGCAAGAAUGUGAAUCCGUCGCAGAUGGCCAAACUCAAUCAACAGAUGGCUAAGAUGAUGGAUCCCAGGGUACUUCAACAAAUGGGGGGAACUCAAGGCCUCCAGUCCAUGAUGCGUCAGUUUCAACAAGGCGCGGCCUCCCAUGCAAGUGGAUCAAGAAAAUAGCCAAUAGUCAACCAGCCCAAAUGAGACAACAAUUAUUUUUAAAAGUUAUGUUGCGUUUCAAAUAACAUAUUAUACGUCACACUAGCUAGUCGUUUUAACCAACCACAGCAACCUAGAGCUUUGUAUUAAUGAAUUUAACCUUUUCACUCCCGAGAUCGAAAAUCAAAUUCUCAGCACUGUUUGCGAUACAGUUCACACAAUUUUCGCUAAGAGAAUUCGGUGUCAAAUCAAGCAACAACCCUAGACUGAUAUUUGUUUUUUCUUCUCAUCAUCCUUCUGAUGAAAAUGUAUCGAUACUUGAAAAGAAAUUUCUCUUUGGUGACUAAAGUAGUGAAAGGAUUAAACUGUUAUCGCUCUGAUCAGCCGUUGUAAUAACUUUGUUUUUGUUUUGCGACACUCAAUUGAAUUGCCCUCUAUAUGAACAAGGAAAUACGAAUUUGUCACUUAUUUCUGUGAAAAACUACAUUCUACUUCAUUCAAGUUUUAACACUGGGACACUUGAAGUCUCUGUAGUUGAAUAAGUUCUCUCCUCCAGAAUUGUCCAUGUUCUCAGGCAUAAGGUGCCGAUUAGAUUGAGUUACAUUUAUUUACAAUGUACAGAUGGAUUAUGAGAAUUAAAAUAAAGUACUGGGAGACAGUUAUGUUAACCUUCGUACUGGAAUAAAACUCACUUGUAGUG